UUAUACAAAAUGAUGCACGAAAAGUCUGAAAUCGACUCAAACAGUGUAGGAGGAUGCACAUCAACAUCUUCCGCGUCUCCAAAAUGCAACUACAUUGUUCAAAGUCCAUCUCGUGAUUCUCACGAUGAUAAAUCAUCAACAAACAGUACUAGAACAACACCAACUGAAUCGCCUUCACAAUAUUCAUCUCAAUCAAGAAUGUCUUCAGAGAGUCGUGUCUCUGGGCCUUAUCGAUUUUCGGUGAUAGGGAAACAUUCGCAUCAAUUAUUCAGAAAAAAAUAUAAGUGGCCAUUGUUUAGUGUGAUUGAUGAAGGAAAUGAAGAUUAUGAAGAUGGGGGGUACCUUGAUUAUUACAAUGAAAAAAGAUUCAUGAGACAAUUAAGGAUUUUGUUGUUUUUAAUGGGUUUUGUGAUGGUUUUUACUGCUAUUUGUUUCAUCACUUGGGGUGCAAGUCGGCCUUACAAAUUUCAUAUACAAAUGAAGGGGUCUUCAAAACAGAGUGAGAACUUGCCCUUUGAGGGCUCUCUUUAUAAUUUGAUCACGAGAUCAUCUCAUCGACUUGAUGCAAAGAAACUUGAGAUGGGAUGUCAAAUCCAGUGGCAGAGCCAGGUAGAAGCCAAGAGUUGGAAAGUGAACACCUUUUACUAUGGAGAAGGAUCGGAUACCACAGGAGUUCCGACUAAGUUCUUGACAGUAAAUUGUACGGUGAAGAUGAAUAUAGAGAACCCUGCUACGUUUUUUGGCAUACAUGUCUCCUCGAGUGCACUAAAUCUCUUCUAUUCACAAGUCAUCGUUGGGCGUGGCCAGUUUGUGAGCUAUUACCAGCCGAAGAAGAGCCAAAGAAUGAUUUUAGUGAAUGUGGAAGGUCAGAAGAUUCCUCUAUAUGGAGCAGGGAUGAGUUUGAUUAUGUCAGACAACAAUCGUGGUGUUCCAUUGAAGUUAGAGUUUGAGAUCCGCUCAAAAGCCAACUUGAUGGGACAACUAGUGAAGACAAAGCAUCGUAGUCGAGUCUUGUGCACAAUGGAAAUCGACUCUGAUAACAACAAAGUUAUUGAGUUUAAGAAAAAUUCAUGUUCAUAUAGCUGAAACAUAUUGAUGUGAUUUAGUUUCCGCUUCUAUUUUUUGCUUAGUUUAUGAACAUCGUUAGCAAAGUAGCAACUACAU